AUGGGGCACCUCUUAUCUGCAGUUGAAAUCGCAGAGCUCCUUAUUCACAGAGACCACCAUAUCUCCAUCACCAUUUUCAUCUUGACACCACCUUGCGACCUCAAAAUCACUUCUUUCAUCCAAUCCCAAACCUCCGAAAGGCGACUGAAGUUCGUGACACUCCCAUUGGACGAGUCGAUCUCCAUCAAUCCCACUAACAUUCCGGCCCCCUCGAUGAUCCCCAUAGACUCUUUCAAGCCUCGAGUCAGAGAAUGCGUUAAAGAAACCAUCCGUAGCGUACGCCUGGGCGAAUUCGUAAUCGACAUGUUCUCCACGGCCAUGAUUGACGUGGCGGACGAGUUUGGAGUUCCGACCUAUGUGUUCUACACCUCCGGCGGCGCCGUGCUCGGCUUCCUGCUACAUAUGCAGAGAAUCACCUUGGAAGGUUUUAGAGCGCAGCGGGCAGAGGUUCCUGUGGUACUGAGGCGUAUGCCGGAAAAUGGUUCUCUUUAA